CUUGUCAGAAAUUCAAAAACUCAGCCGCAUGACUAAAUGAGGGUUAUGUUUUGUAACCCAAAUAAAUAUAAAUAUAUUUAACGUCAACUCACUAAAUAUUUACAACUAGUUGAAUAAAAAAAGAACAUUGUCUCAAAAAAUAACAAGAAUGUUAACUUCAAUCAGAUUGUAUUCCAGAAUAGGAGCGAAGAAACCCAGAAAAUUACCUCCGGUAAGGAUGAAAAAGCCGAAGAAAGGUCAUGACCAACCAUUGCCAAUCUUCGAAUAUUCAACGAGUCGUCCAUCUGAUCGUCGCGUUUAUGUAUGGGGCCUAGCAAAUCACGGUGCCCUAGGCACACUAGGACGCACCCGGGCCCUGAAGGAAGGUGUGAACUUCAUAGCAAAACCCAGUCGUUUGUAUUUCGCGGAGCAUUAUCCAGUGACAGACAUAGCCUGCGGCUACGGUUUCACUCUGAUCGGUGUAAAGUCCAACGACAAGAACAUCGUCUACGGGAAUGGGAUAAACACAGACUCGCAACUCGGGUUCGACCCCAACGAUUUCCGGUUUAAAAAAAUUGCAAGCACAGGUCAGCUACCAGUCGCACGACCGAUUCCUCUGCCAUUGAAAGAAAACUCAAGCAAAGUCCUGGGUCUUGCUGCUGGCAGAGCUCAUUCGUUGAUACUGACCACCGAAGGGGUUUUUACACUGGGUAAUAACGCUUACGGACAGUGUGGGAGGUCAAUAAUUGAUGAUGAAAAUUAUCAUGAAAGUCAUGUUAUUUUCCAUAUUCCUGAAAUAAAGGGCCAGCGUAUUGCUGCCGUUACUGCUGGUCAAGACCACAGUAUUUUUUUAACUGAACAAGGACAAGUUUACGCGUGCGGUUGGGGAGCCGAUGGCCAAACUGGACAAGGACAUUACGAGAACCAGUGGCAGCCUGGUCUAGUCAAAGGCGAGCUGGCUGACGAAAAAAUAGUCAAAGUCGCUGGCACUUCCGACUGCGUACUGGCACUCAGCGAAAGCGGCAAAGUUUUCGGCUGGGGUAACUCAGAAUACGGACAACUGCCAGUCCAAGAUGACAACUUCCAAGUUAACGCAGCAAUCGAGCUGUCUGAUUGCUCCGAAUUCGGGCGCAUUGUUGAUAUCGCCGCUGGCGGGAGUUUCUGUAUGGUACUGUCAGAAACUGGAGACGUCUACGUCUGGGGCUACGGUAUCCUAGGAUUUGGACCACAAAUUACAAAAAUCCAAAUACCGACACUAGUUCCCAAUACUCUUUUCGGGCGGAAUCCAUACCAACCAGACAUAAAAGUAGAGAAAAUCUACUGCGGGAUGAAUUACAUGUGCGCUGUCACCAACCAGGGGGACCUCUACACCUGGGGACACAACGUCUACGGAUAUCUAGGACUCGGCAACUGCAAAGACCAAUUUUUUCCUUUAAAAGUCGCCAUCGGCGCUCUGGUUGAUAAAGUGGCUUGUGGAGUCGAUCAUACUGUGGCACUUUGUCGGCCUUUUAUUUAAAAUUUCGUACUAGUUUUUAGGAAAUAGAUUUUAUAAAUAAAUUUUUUUUAUUCUGUAAAUAAAUCAUCAGUUAAUUACUUA